AUGGUAAUUGAGGCGGGCGAGCAGGAACGGUGCGUGAUUCGGAGAAAUGAAGUGACUGGCAGUAACAGACCUCGAAAGGAUCACCGGGCAUGGUUUCACAGACACGCCAUCUUCUUGGGCCAAUGGGGAAUGGCUCGUGAACCAGAAAACCGUACAAGCCCUUGCAAGAUCGCGCUCCUCGGUGCUAGGAUGGACCGCGCUCGCAUUAUGUUCCAGGAUUCCUAUCAUACCCACGGACGAAAAUUUACCUCUGAAGAUGGGAAUGGGAACUGUGUUGCGAAUGCGAUAUCCCAACCCAUGAGGAAAAACAUCAUCUGCCUGGCUGCAACCGGGAAUAACGGUGCAAACGAUGGUGCCUCUUUUCCCGCCAGAAUGCACGGCGUCAUUCCGACAUUUUCCACAGAUAGCUACGGCAACCCGUCUCCUGACCACGCCUCUCCGAUAAGGGGCCGCAAAAACUUCAGCACGCUUGGGGAAAACGUCAGAGUUUGGGGAGACGGCCGCACGGAGGAGCUAGCGUACAAGAGCGGCACUUCUUUUGCGGUUUGCGUCGCGGCAGGCAUACGGGCGGCAAUGCUGGUUUUUGCUCGGGACUAG